GGUUGUCACGGCAACGUUGUGUAUGAUCGAGCGCGUGCCAAACGAGCGUGAAAAUAGUUAUAAGUAGGAGUACCUAUAGCUAACUUGUCUUCACUGGAAAACAAUGGGAAGGGUGAAACAGCGAGCUAUUUCAGUCAGGGGAGGCCUGAAGUACUAAAGCGGAGAGCGAUGUCAAGUCAUAACCUGCCACCGGUGCGCCAUUUGCCACACUGGACCAGAGGGCGGCUAGAGAAGCCUUGCUCGCUACGACGCUUACCGGCUAACCCUGAACAGCGGCUCCCGCUACCUGUUAUCAAGCCAGCGGGCAGAGCAGCGGCAGAGACGUCCUGUCAGAGCGGCAGCACGGACCUCCGAGUUGCUUCACUGCAAAGAAACGUCCAGUUCCUACAAGAACAGCACAAGGAAACACUGAAGAAGCUCCACGCAGAGAUAGAGAACCUCAGACGGGAGAAUAAAGAGUUGAAGUAUAAGCUGAUAAUGGAGCCUCCUAAGUCAAGUAGAAAAGUUGCACACAGUCGACAAAACUGUAGACCACCCACUCAGGGCAGUCAAGCCCAUACUGGACUGUACGUGGAGGAGCCACUGCAGGACAUGAGACUCUUGCAGGACCAGGCUCUCGGUAGCAUUGGAGCAAGCACUGAAAUUCUGGAUUCAGCCAGGCAGGACCAUGGCACGGAGGCCAAUGGGCGCCUCAUCACUUCACUGCAGCCUCUCCGAAUUCACAGCAGUUCCUCCCAGCCCCCACGGGCCCCCACACUACAGGAGUGUGAGAUCAUCAUCCGACAGCUAUAUAAUGCUAACAGCUUACAGUCUCAGGAGAUCGUGCGUGUGAAAGCACUGCUCAGAGACAUCGUUUCAAACAAGAAAAUCACCCCAGAAAAGUACAUCAUGGCUAAGGCCUACCUUUCAGAUGGAACUCGCGGGUCUUUAGAAGAAAACAAAUUACCAAAACUUGGCCUUCAAUCAUUCCCAGAAAAACAGUGUGGAACAUCUCAGUCUGGGGUUGUCUUCCCUGCCCUCAAACAGAGCCUUGGCUACAACAUUGCAGAUAGACAGAAGAGGUCCCGUGCUGUGCAGAGAGACCGUUUGAGAAGGGCUGUUCAGUGACAGGAACACAAAUACCAGAGCAUAUUUCUGUGGUAUAUAAUGAAAUAAAGCAUUUCUGAUUGAUGAUGUUUUAUGAUGUCAUAAAGUUGAGCAGGAUAGAGUGGUCGCAGCAGGAAUCGCACAACACUUAGUCAAUGACGGCCCAGUUGGAUUACCUCUUCCAGUAAGCCUUGCCAGUGUGAAGCAGCAUGCCGUACGGAAGCGCCUCCCUUAAGUGGAAUGCAACCAUCAUUAACACACCUGUGUGCUUCCUGUCAUGGCAUGUCAAAAUGUCUGCUGCUCGGGAAAAAAAACCCUAUACAGACACGUCACGUUUAUUGACAAUUAUUGCUCAUAAUGAUGUGUAAGAUGGACAGAUAACACAAAUAAUGCUCUAUAAGGCCUGGAUUUUUUUUAGUUUUUCUACAUAGCAGAAGGACUGAUUUCAGCUUUUCACUGGGAAUAUUUUUUUUUUCAACCAU